CUGCACUGCAGGUUUUCUAUCACUGUGGAAGGAAGAGAGACUUUUGUUUGUUUUGGGUCAGUUGAUGACAGAUAGAGGCAUUUCAGUUUGCAUUUGAGCUUAUCUCUAGCUUAAACCAUGGGACUUUCUCUAUGUGUGGUGCUACUAUGGCUGCUGUUUAUUGGAGAGCUUCAGGCAAGCAUUAAAUCUUCCUACCAUGGCUUUGAGCCUGUUAUUUGGGACAUGAGCUACCAGCCCCAGGCUCCCAGCUACCAGCCCCAGGCUCCCAGCUACCAGCUCCAGGCGGCCAGCUACCGGCCGCAGCCCGUGCCCCAGGCGGCCAGCUACCGGCCGCAGCCCGUGCCCCAGGCGGCCAGCUACCGGCCGCAGCCCGUGCCCCAGGCGGCCAGCUACCGGCCGCAGCCCGUGCCCCAGGCGCCCAGCUACCGGCCGCAGCCCAAGCCCCCGGCGCCCAGCUACCAGCAGCAGCCCAAUCCCCAAGGUUCCUACCAUGGCUUUGAGCCUGUUAUUUGGGACAUGAGCUACCAGCCCCAGGCGGCCAGCUACAAGCCGCAGCCCAAGCCCCAGGCGGCCAGCUACAAGCCGCAGCCCAAGCCCCAGGCGGCCAGCUACAAGCCGCAGCCCAAGCCCCAGGCGGCCAGCUACAAGCCGCAGCCCAAGCCCCAGGCGGCCAGCUACCAGCCGCAGCCCAAGCCCCAAGGUACAUCCUUGAAUGGAUCGUCCUACGAUGGCUUUGAGCCUGUUAUUUGGGACAUGAGCUACCAGCCCCCGGCGCCCAGCUACCAGCAGCAGCCCAAGCCCCCGGCGCCCAGCUACCAGCAGCAGCCCAAUCCCCAAGGUUCCUACCAUGGCUUUGAGCCUGUUAUUUGGGACAUGAGCUACCAGCCCCAGGCGGCCAGCUACAAGCCGCAGCCCAAGCCCCAGGCGGCCAGCUACAAGCCGCAGCCCAAGCCCCAGGCGGCCAGCUACAAGCCGCAGCCCAAGCCCCAGGCGGCCAGCUACAAGCCGCAGCCCAAGCCCCAGGCGGCCAGCUACAAGCCGCAGCCCAAGCCCCAGGCGGCCAGCUACAAGCCGCAGCCCAAGCCCCAGGCGGCCAGCUACAAGCCCCAGGCGGCCAGCUACAAGCCCCAGGCGGCCAGCUACAAGCCCCAGGCGGCCAGCUACAAGCCCCAGGUGGCCAGCUACCAGCCGCGCAGCAAUUUUGGCUCUCGUCUUCCUGCCCAGACAGAGAGUGCACCCAGCAAAGAGGAUUCAAUGGGGUGGGUUUACAUAACAGUGUAAAUUUUUAUUUUAUUUUUUCUUGUAGUUGAUGCUUAAUUCUCAUGGCAUUGUGAUUUUGACUCUUAGAAUGAGUGGCACCCAUCUCAACAAUGGAAGAUUUAGCUACAAUGCCAAUUAGCGCACAAGGUAUAGACUGAAGGUUAAGUGUAGUUGUACCUAUGUAAGGGAUAACAUCAUAAUUGUUAUGCCUCUUCAUUAUGCUUACUGCCACUUAAGGCUAAACCCACUAAUUACCACUGACUAAUCUUGUCUCAUUAUUUCAGAUGAUCUCAGUAGUGUUUCAACUUGUGUGCCUUGCUUCGUUUAUGCUUGUACCAUGAGUCUUCAGAUAAAUAAAAUGCAUUUUGUACUACA